UUCCUCUUCCUGGAGGAGGAAAGGAUCCCAGCACAGGGUCCCCGUCACGGUCCUCUGCCCCGGCCCUUCUCCACCAGCCCCGGGGGGGGGGAGGGCGGGACGCCCGGGGACAUGGAGGGGACGGGCCUGGGGCCGGUGGAUGGAGGGCCCGGAGCCCGGCGGCGGCCUGGCGGCCCGGUGGCAGCAGGGAGCGGGAGGCCCCAGGGCUGCCCCGGAGUGUGAGGGGCACGAGGGUGGGGGGGCCGAGGCGGGGGCGGCGGCGGGACGAGGACCGGGACCGGGACGGGCCCCGCGGAUCCGCCUCCCUUCCAGGCCGCGGCGCCUCGCGACACCCGGCGGCGCUUUACGGCCGUCGCGCGGCUCCCGGCGCUUUACGGCAGCGCGACCUGGGCGCGGCGGGCGGAGCGCGAUGAGCUUCUACGACGCGUUCCGCGGCUUCUUCGGGUUCCCGGGGCGGCGCAGGCCCCGGGACCCGCUCUUCGGCAGCUCGGCGUGGGACGAGGAGGAGGAGGAGGACGACGACGACGGCCCGGCCCUGGCGCAGCCCCCCCAGGACUUCUUCGGCUUCGGCUUCGGUCCCGGCGGGUCCCGCGGUGCCUUCGAGGAGCUGUUCCGGGACGUGGGCGAGCUUCUAGGCGUCUUCGGGGGGACUUGGGCCGGGCCCCCGCAGACCUUCGAGCCCGCCCUGCCCGGCCCCGGCGAGGGGCGGCCCCUGCGGGACUCCAUGCUGAAGCACCCAGACAGCCCCGCUCCCAGCGUGGCCCCAGAAGGCACCGGUGACCCGGCCCGGCCCUGGAGACCCUUCCCGGGGCUGGAAGACGCUCACCCGGCGCCUCCAGACCUCAAGGAAGACCAAGACCUGGACUCCCAAGUCUCCUCUGCAGGGUUGGGGACCAUCCUGAGACCCCAUGAGCCCAAGUCCCACUCUUACUUCCAGAGCGUCUCUGUCACCAAAGUGACUCUCCCUGACGGGGCGGUGGAGGAGCGCCGGACCGUGCAGGACAGCCAGGGCCGCCGGGAGACAACGGUGACCCGCCGGAGGGGGGACCAGGCCUUCAUCACCACCACCAAGGAGGACGGGCAGAGCAAGGACUACCGGGAGGAGGUGGUCAACAUGGAUGACCGGGAGCUGGCGCAGUUCGCGGGCACGUGGCCACGGCAAGAUGAGCUCCGCGCUCCCAACCUGAGCGACCCCUCAUCCGCGCUGGGCAGCUUCUUCCGACGCUGGUUCUCAAGCUGGUAGCUGUGCCCCCUCCCUGACUGAGCGCCCCGUAUGUGUGAUAGAUGGGUCAGAUCCUGCUGGGAGCUGGUGCCCACGCUGGGGGCUGCCCACCUUCUGGGGCGCUGCGGAGCUGCGGGGAGCCCCAUGGGGCUGAGUGUGUGUGUGUGCAUGUGUACAGAGCAAUAAAAAUCUAUUUAUGCUAACGG